UUAGUAGAAGCACAUGCUAGAGCUGAAAGGCGCGAACUGCGACGAAGUGAAGAUCAAGAUGUCAACGAUGCUGAAAAUAAAAGACAUUAAAGACAAAGAAGUGAAAGAUCUCAUUCUGCCACCAUCCCCUUCAGUGCGAGGGGUAGUGCUUGAAGUCAGUGACAUUGAAAAAGCAGAAAAUUCACAAUACAAAGAUAAAUUCUAUGCAAUUAUUGCUGAUGAAACCGCAGCGAUAUCAGUAACAAUCUAUGAUGUACAGAAACAAAACAAAUUUAUUAAGGGAAUGGCUGUAGUUCUGAUGAACAUUCUUACGAAGCAAAAUUUUAUAGCUGUUACAAGCAAAACAGAUGUAGGCAUUUGCAGACCAUUUACUAUUCCUGAUGAUAUCAGGCUUCAUGCUCCAACCCUUGCUGGACAAACAAUGACCUUAAAGAAUGCACUUGCUUCACCUGUAAAAACGCUGCUUACCGUAAAGGGAAAAGUUGUUAAGCUGUCACCAGCAAGCAAGAAAAGGGUAGAACAAAACGAGGUAGAUUUCCAAGAGGUCAUGUUGAAAGAUACAGACAGUCACGCAACAGUUGCAGUGUGGGACAAGAUGGUGAAUACACUACAAAAGGGAGAAUGUGUGACCAUUACAAAGUGCAGGGUCCGUUUGUUUAAUGAGCAGAAACGCCUUACCACUACAAGAUCAUCCCAAUGUGAGAAACUUUCAUAUGAUGAAACUCUUCUGCUGGUGUCUGACGAUGAAGAUGAUGAUGUGGACAAUAAUGGAAAUUGGAGUAACACCCCCAUUUCUGAUUUCAAGAGUGGAACCAUCACCGCAGUGUUCGAUGUCGAUCCAUACCUAGCGUGUCCCACUACAUCAUGCAAUAACACGAAACUUGCCCCAGCUGAAUCCAUCCAAUGCAUGAAAUGCAAAAACUGCGGGAGAAACUAUGGGGAGAGCGCUUGCAAUAACUACAUACGUGCUACUGUUAUGAUUGAAGUAGAAGAUUCUAACAAACCUCCCCAGAAAGUAGCAAUAUUUAAGCCUCAGAUUGAAAAGCUGUUCACUUCAAGGGGUUUCACACUUCCUUCCAGCAAUGACCAAACUGAGCUUCUCCUCAAAUUCUUUGAAAUAAUUCCAGUUGACAUCAAGUUUCACAUGAUAAAUAACACUAUCAAACAAUUAACCUGCAAAAGAGUUGCAUAAACAUUCAACUGCAACAAGUAUCAAACUUGUUCAGUGACUUGCACAGUUCUUUUUUUAUUUGAUCGAUUUUAUACCAGUAUGGCGAGUAUGCACUUGGAAGAGUAUCAUUAUUGUUUUGUUUAUUGUUGACAAACUUGCGAAAGAGUUGCAUAAACAUUCAACUGCACUGCAACUGCUGUAACAAGUAUCAAAUUUGUUCAGUGACUUGCACAGUUCUUUUUUUAUAUUCAGUUGAUAUUAUACCACUAUGAACUUUGGAAAAAUAUCAUUAUUGUUUUGUUUUUUGUUCACAAACACGCAAAAGAGUUGUAUCAACAUUCAACUUGAUUACAAUUGAUGUACAUGUACUGAGUGUACUUUUUUUUUCAGUGUAGUAAUCGCUGUUUAUUAUCUAAUAUGAUUGAUAUGCAAACUAUAACAAAUGUUUUUUUUCUUAUUGUGUGUAGUUCACAAUCAAGUUUUUAAGUUUUCUUAAUAAAGUACAAUUAGUUUUAUUUAAUUUUUUUCCUCUAUUAUGCAGUAUAAUAUCAUUAUCAGGAGAUAUUGAAAUGAAUAGCAACAUGAAAGAAGUCUGUUCUUCAGGUUCAUAUCAGAACAUCAGCAAGUUAAUUGAAAAUUAACAGAAAUGUCACUCAAUUCACAAAAAUGAGAAUGAACAUUGCUAUUCCUUUGAUGUUCAUUAUUAUGGUUUAUAAUAUUGUGUAUGAAAAAUUAGAAAAUUAUUAAAAUAAACA